UAAGAAUAAUAGUUUUCUAUAAUAAUAUAUUAAUAAUGCAUCCUACCUACAUUUGAUUCUAUGUAUUUAUCUCUCCAUAUUAGCUAAGUUCAUUUUUGUCAUAUUAAAAAACUAAUUUGAUCUCAGCUAUUUCUGUUUUCUCACUCUCAUUAACCCACCAAACAACCUCUUCACAAGCUCUCUCAAUAAAACCCCAACCCCUCCUCCUAGGAAUCUCCGAACAAACUGCCACCACCGCCGCCGCAAUGAACUCCACCUCGCACGUGCCGCCGGCGACCGAAACGCCGUCGUUCUGGACGGAGGAGAAGCACGUGCACUUCCUCAACACCAUGGAAGCCGCCUUCGUUCGUGCAAUGCUUGAAAACCAAGGCGCCGCAACUCUCACGCGCCACUCCCUGCGCCUCGAUCGCGACCUCCCUGACACCUCCGAUUCCACGUUGGAUUUGAAACCGCAUCUCCGACGCCGCACCAGAAAACUCCAUGCACCCGCAGUAGAUUCAAUGGGUCCAACAAUGAGAAGACCGAGGAGAAGAUCAUCUCAGCCGUACAACUCAUCACAGGAUCAGGUGGUCCCACAUGCAGAAAACCAAAGAGAAGGUGCAGCAGCAUGUAACGGUGACGACGAUGAUAAAAGAGCACAAAAUUAAGAAUAUUGAUGUUUAGUCAGAGUUAUUGCUUCCCUUUUUCAUAUGAUGGGAAAAGAAAGCAAGGUUUGAGAUGUGCAUGUUAUGGGUGAGAGAUAUUUUAUGAAAGUUCUAGGAGUAUCAUAUCAUAUCAACAUUAUUUGAUAGUGCAGUGGGAAAAAUAGUAAGAGUUUUAUAAUAUAUAUAAAUAAAUAGAUAUAUAAUAAUUUUUACUAUUGGACGAUAAUGUAAGAAAAUACGAUGUUAUUGAAUUAGGGCACGUGAAGGUGUGGAUUGUGAUUAGAUUGAAGGAAAGGGACAUGAGAGGAGUUUGGUACCUUAUCUGUAUGAUGUUGGAGGCAGUGGUGGUUUUUUGGUAAAUGUCUUGAAAUCGAAAUUCUGUGUUAUGCUUU